AUGGAGCCUAGGGACAGGGGCAAAGUGAGUGACCUGCUUUUGGGGGUGACCGCCAGAGCGCGGCGUGAGCCCUCCCCCUUGGGAUCCUGCAUCGGACCAGCAGCGCUGACGGACAGACAGACAGACACCGCCCCCCGCCCCAGCGCCCACCUCCUCCCCGGCCGGCGGCCGAGGGUGGACGCGGCGGCGAGCCGCGGGCAAGAGCCGGAGCCCGCGCCUGGAGGCGGGGUGGAGGGGGUCGGGGCUCGCGGCAUUGCAGUGAAACUUUUCGUCCAACUUCUGGGUUGUUCUCGCUCCGGAGGAGCCGUGGUCCGCGCCGGGGCAGCCGAGCCGAGCGGAACCGGGAGAAGUGCUAGCCCGGGCCGGGAGGAGCCGCAGUCGGAGGAGGGGGAGGAGGAAGAAGAGAAGGAAGAGGAGAGGGGGCCGCGGUGGCGACUCGGAGCUCGGAAGCCGGGCUCAUGGACGGGUGAGGCGGCUGUGUGCGCAGACAGUGCCCCAGCCGCGCGCGCGACCCAGGCCCUGGCCCGGGCCUCGGCUCCGGGAGGAAGAGGAGCCCGCCUAGGCGCCGAGGAGAGCGGGCCGCCCCGCAGCCCGAGCCGGAGAGGGAGCGCUAGCCGCGCCGGCCCCGGCCGGGCCUCCGAAACCAUGAACUUUCUGCUCUCUUGGGUGCAUUGGAGCCUUGCCUUGCUGCUCUACCUCCACCAUGCCAAGUGGUCCCAGGCUGCACCCAUGGCAGAUGGAGAGCACAAACCCCACGAAGUGGUGAAGUUCAUGGAUGUCUACCAGCGCAGCUACUGCCGUCCCAUCGAGACCCUGGUGGACAUCUUCCAGGAGUACCCUGAUGAGAUCGAGUAUAUCUUCAAGCCAUCCUGCGUGCCCCUGAUGCGAUGCGGGGGCUGUUGCAAUGACGAGGGCCUGGAGUGUGUGCCCACGGAGGAGUUCAACAUCACCAUGCAGAUUAUGCGGAUCAAACCUCAUCAAGGCCAGCACAUAGGGGAGAUGAGCUUCCUACAGCAUAGCAAAUGUGAAUGCAGACCAAAGAAAGAUAGAGCGAAAGAAAAUCCCUGUGGGCCUUGCUCAGAGCGGAGAAAGCAUUUGUUUGUACAAGAUCCGCAGACGUGUAAAUGUUCCUGCAAAAACACAGACUCGCGUUGCAAGGCGAGGCAGCUUGAGUUAAACGAACGUACUUGCAGAUGUGACAAGCCCAGGCGGUGAGCCGGGC